AUGUUUUCGAAGGGGGGUUUUCUCCCAUUUCGGGGUUCUCUUGUGGACUGGCUGGCAUUAAUCAAAACUCAUCGAAGCAAUGCAGAGACUUACCACGGUGAAGCUCUGUGCAAGCAGAAGUUCCAUGAGCUUCUGAAGGAACUGUCUCUUCCCAAAGGCUUCAUCAGGGCAGACAUCGAGGAGAUGGGCCACCACCAGCCAUCAGGCUUCGUGUGGCUGAAACAGAAGAAGACAACGCACAAGUUUAAGAGCAUUGGCAAGACCGUCUCUUACGAUGAUGAGCUGACAAUGCUGGUUGAGAAAGGUAGGAUCACGAAGCUCAUUGGUGUUGCCAGUAAGGAAGUAUUCGUCUGGAUUUCCGUAUGUGAAAUCUACUUCGAUGAUCUCUCUUCAGACAAGCUUACCUUUAAAGUUCCCACUAGCCUGACCGCAACAUUCCCGGCUUUGGCAUUUAAAGACAAAGAUGAACAGGAUGACGGCGUGCAGAGUCCUUCAGUCCAGCAACAAUUACAAGCAGCUAGACUCACAAAGAAGCAAUAUAUUGGAAAGUUGACAUCCUUUCAUGAAAUGGACGCUAUUAGCAUUGCAAGCAGGUGCACUAUCCCAUUCAACUCUUGA